CUCUCGCAAUAUCAACACCGCCACCCAGACACAGUUGUUACAUCCACAUCUUGAUAAUCUGAUUUCCCAUCUCAUCUACCUCUAAUCAUCAAGCCUCAAUCAGUCUAAUCAUUUUCACGCAGUGUUGGUCCGUCAUGAGAGAGCGCAUCACCUUCAUCCAGAAGCAAGGCGACUCAAUCGAGCCAACAACGCUCAAGAUCAAGGGCGGUGUCCUCAACGGCCCAGAGAUCCAGGCUGCUCGUGAAGACAGACUCACCAUUGCAAUCGAUGAGCUACCGAAAGGCCUACAAGCGCUCUUGGGCACAGCCCAUGAGCUUCACAUCAGAUAUGUCAGCUCUGAGCCAUAUGAGGCAAUCACCCCUUUGCUAGCUAGGCUGCCGCCUGGCUUCCAUCUGUUCUACACCCCGGCAGGGCAAGCCGAUGCCACUUCCCCAGCGCUCUGCCUUGCCCUCAAUCAAAUUUUCGGGAAUGUUCAGUGCGAAAACCCAGAGAAGUCAUUCACGACUCUGCCAAGGGAUCGUUUCUCUCACUCAGCUGCCUACCAGUUCUACCAACCAUCGGUAGACCUUUCCCCAUUCAUUGCACUCGCCAAAGAGAAGCUAUGUUCAUCUUCCAAGGACCAAUCUUGCGCUGCCAGGGCCGACCGCUUGACAAACGCCAGCUCUCUGGACAUCUCAUAUGAUGCCAUCUCUCACGCCGUUAAGCUCACUGCAACAUGGCCCUACCAGAAGCAAGAGGUCCACGCGACAUCCCGGCCACAGACACGGACCGAGGUUGGAGUCUUGAACUCGGACCGGCCAGGACACCUCGAGCCUCAUGAGCUGGGAAUUUCCGGUCUUCUCACCGUGCUGGGACAGGAUAAAAAGCCGUCUGCGACAAUGUUUGCCUUUGCCUCUCGACAUCGUGAUGCCGAGUCUAGCUUCUCCGCCGAGUUUCUGGAGCCAACAGGUCUUCACCCUACCCUCAAACUCAGGCUUGAGUCCAGCAAGCCACCUAUUGAAGAUGCCUACUGCUCACCACACGCCUACUUCACCCUUCCCAAGACCAUCUUCGCCGAUAGGCACCAACUAUCGGAUGACCUCUUUCUGGCCUCGAAGAAUCUCACCGGUCUACGCUACAUUUCUCAGCCCGUAGACCUCGAAGCUCCUGAAUAUGUUGAGAAGCGCUGGGGGUCUUCGCUUCUUCUGGAACUUUCCCCUCCCGAACAUGAAGAAUCAAAGUCUUGGACAGCACAAGUCCCCUUGCACCUGCGCUACCUAUCUCCCGCUGAAGGCGGCUAUACCGAUAUUCAAGUUCCAUACCCGGCUGUUUUCUGGGCUUGCGCGGCUGAGGAAGGUACCAAGUUCCCUAACAAUCCGUUCGAGAAGGCCAACCUUGGCUACGACGGCCUUUUCGGCCCUAGGACGGUAUUCUGGCAUGUCGAGCCUCGCCCGACAAUCGGCAGUCGUUUGAGCAACAUGAUGAAGGUGCCAGUCCUGGACACAAACAAGGCGGAGUGGGUAAGCGGCGGCACCGGGCUAGCGGUACUCCUUGGCUUUGCCUGGAUCAUGUGGAAGUUGUUCGGCGUGCUUUCAAAGUCUGGAUACCAAAACCAACCCUCGCAAGCUGCGGAGGUUGUCAAGGCCAAGAAGAAUCAGUAAUGGUCGAGGGAGUGGGAUGAGGCGAAUGGGCAAAGUGUACCUGGAGACAUAUGUAAUAUCCAAACUAUCAAACGUAAGUCACGCCAGCAAAUUCGAGGCUGACUGCAGCCUUUGUACACCUCAUUAUUUUUGAUUGAUCGAUAUCUGGCGCUUCACAGAAUGAUGCCUGGGUGGACAGCUCGGUGGCAUGUAAGCCGAGUGGCUUGUUUCACGGUUUCUUUGCGUCUCCUAUCUGCCUUCAGUUUUAGGUAUCUUCGCUUCUUCCUUCGCUUCAUGGCAAGACAGUUCCUUUCCAGGUCUUCAGCACCACCGCCAUUCUGCACAACAACUAGACCCAAUGUUACUGGUGCACUUC